ACCAGCGACAUUCGAACAGCAAUCCCCAAUCUUGAUCUCUCCUCAGCCGCAUCUCGACUGUCGACAGCGUCCACACUCUCAAAAACCCCGCUUCACCCUCUCCCCGAUAGUCUUUGUCUCUCAUUCCUUCAUCCCCCCGAAAUCCACAAUGGCCGAUUCUCUCACCGAGGAGCAAGUUUCCGAGUUCAAGGAGGCCUUCUCCCUCUUCGACAAGGACGGCGAUGGACAAAUCACCACCAAGGAGCUGGGCACCGUCAUGCGGUCGCUCGGCCAGAACCCCAGCGAGUCCGAGCUGCAGGACAUGAUCAACGAGGUCGACGCCGACAACAACGGCACCAUUGACUUCCCUGAGUUCCUCACCAUGAUGGCCCGCAAGAUGAAGGACACGGACUCCGAGGAGGAGAUCCGUGAGGCCUUCAAGGUCUUUGACCGCGACAACAACGGCUUCAUCUCGGCCGCCGAGCUGCGCCACGUCAUGACGUCCAUCGGCGAGAAGCUGACGGACGACGAGGUCGACGAGAUGAUCAGGGAGGCCGACCAAGACGGUGACGGCAGGAUCGACUACAACGAAUUCGUGCAGCUGAUGAUGCAGAAGUAGAGCGCGACGGGCGCGAUGGCUGGUUUUCGCGGUCGAAGAUGCCACGACUUUGAUGCAUGCUGCUCUUUGGUGUGCGAUGGCGGCGGGAAACUGGGCCUGUGCAGGAAGGGGAGAAUAUGAUGAUGAUGGCGACGGGAAGGAAGGAGAAGAAACGAGAGCGCAAGCGUGAGUGAGUGAAGGGGGGAAAUUGAUUGAUUGAUUGAUUGAUUGAUUGGAGGGUACCUAAGGUGGUUGACCGCGGCAGGCAGGCAGGCAGGCGCAUGGGCGGAACCAAAUCAACC